ACAGGGAAUAGGCUUUAUCGGUCCAUAACAGACGAUUAGGGCUUGGAACCAGGGUCAUCAUUUCCGUCUCUUUUCUUCCUUCUUCGCCGUUUCUCCCUACACACACUCCACUUUUGCAAAAGGCCGAACUCAAAGUCAUAAUGGAAGACAAAACUGAGAAGUUCAAGAUAAUAUUGGGGUCGUCUUCCAUAACCCGUCGUACAAUAUUAGCUGAAAUGGGAUAUGAGUUCACACUCAUGAGUGCGGAUAUUGACGAGAAGGCUACCAGAAAGGAGAAGCCGGAGGAGUUGGUCAUGGCUCUGGCUGAAGCAAAGGCAGAUGCUAUCUUACAGAGGCUACCCAUUGGUGAUUAUGUAAAGGAAGCUGAGCCAACAUUACUGAUUACUUCUGAUCAAGUGGUGGUCUAUGAAGGUGUUAUAAGGGAAAAACCAGCCAAUGCAGAUGAAGCACGUAAAUUUUUAAAAGGCUAUUCGGGUGGGUAUGCUGCAACAGUGGGAUCUGUUCUAAUUACAAACCUUAAAACUGGAUUCAGAAAAGGCGAAUGGGAUAGAGUGGAGAUAUAUUUCAAUCAAAUACCAGAUGAAAUCAUUGAGGAAUUGAUUGAGGAAGGGAAUGUAUUACAUGUUGCUGGAGGACUGUUGAUUGAAAAUCCUUUGAUGAGGCCAUAUAUUAAACAAGUGGUAGGGACGAUAGACAGUGUGAUGGGAUUGCCGAAAGCUCUGACGGGUAAACUCAUAAAGGAAGCUCUCUAGGAUCCGCACCAUUUGAUUCCCAUUGUUACAACUUCAUUCACAUGUAUUGUCUUAAAAUUGGAUCACUUUUUUAAGUGUCCUUUUAUACUAAUAUUUGACUGGUUCAUAGUGCCAACCAAAGUUGUCCAUAGCCAAAAUCAUCGUCAAAAGCUAGUUAUAGACUAUAGCUAGGGUUGUAAAUGAGAUGAGAGUUGUUCAAAUUUAACUCUGUUAAGAUUUGGUUGACACUCGAA